AUGUGGUUUCUCCCCGAGGAGAUGAUACCGGAUUUUCGUGAACUUGUCAAGCAUCUCGUUGAGUUUGGCGUCCCAUUGAACGAAACAUCCCCAUUGGGAGGUGCUUUGAACAUCGCUCUUGUCCGAGGAAGCAAUCUCUUCAACAAAGCAUCGGGGUUCAAUCAAGAUCAAAUGGUUUUCAUGGUCGCCGAUCUCGUGGCUCGUGGCGCAGAUUUGACCCAAAGGAUCAGUGAGACAACCACCGAUCCGUCGGUCCUGUUCUGUGAGACCGCUGAGAACCAAGUAUCGGAAAUGCAUUGUUCCAGCAGUUAUCUAUACGCAGUCGCAAGGCGAAAUAUACACGACGAGUUCCACUCCUCUGAUCUUGAAAAAUGCAUUUUGUCAAGAUCAGAAGUUGAUUUGCAAGAAGCUAUCUCACUCUCAACGUCAAUGGAAGAUUCCGCAGAUAAGCAAUAUCUCGCAGAACUCUGCGUUGGGUGGCCAGCAGGGCUUCGCAUAUUUUUGGGAGCUGGCUAUCAUCUGAACACGAUCAAGCUUCUGUCCCACGCCAUCAGAUACCGCUGCUGUGGAUCAAUUCAAGUGUUAUUGAAUGACAACAAUACAUUCAUCGACAAGGGUCAUGUUGAGCUUGCUCAUUGGACUAAAAACUUUGAUGUUUCCAGAUUGAUCAUGCAUUCUCUGGCCGAAAAAAGGAAAAUACUGCAAAAUUUGGCCGAAAGACAUUUACCAGAUCACAUACAAGCCCAACUUCAUUUAUCAAAGGACAGUCUACUUGACACUAACGCCAUAAAUGUCUACUCCAAGCUCCAAGCAUCUGGUAUAAAUCUUGAUCCAUGCUUGAAGGUUUCUAGAUCCUUGGUCUCUGUGUAUGACUGGAUUGAUGGCGAUAUUGAUGCCGCAAAAAUGCUUUUCAAAGCUGGUUUCCGGAAUUUGGAGCUAGAGUGCGACCAAGGACUGACUACGCUGAUGCGACUUGCCAGGAAGUUCAGGUUUGAGUUUCCAGUACCCAUUCGAAAAAUAUUGAAGACUAUGCUUUUCCUGAUUUCCAAGGGGGCUGAUCCUGCUACAAGGCGACGCGAAGAUGGCCGUACGGCAAUGCACUUUUUCGGACGCAGUGUUUCAUCCAAUUUGGGGCAGAACGUGAUGUUAAAAUUUGGGGUGUUAGAGUCAGACUUUCCCGAAUGGGAUAUGAUUACCCCAUCCAAGAAGCUGAAAGCAAUCAGCGAGAUCUUUGAUCAUGAAUGGUUUCCCUUGAGUCACAGAAGCUGGACCCUUUUGGAGACUGUCUUCGUCGAUGGUCACACUGAUGCAUGCUCGUGUGCAUGCUCGGCGCAAGGAUGUCUUCCAAGGACAUGUUUCUUUGGAGAACUGGCCUCAUGGUUGGGCCUUUCACUUGGCAUCCAAGCUCUAUCUGAGGUGAUUCGAUUUCUUGGCGAGCGGUGGGCUGGAUCAAUGAAACAUUUGCACGAUACUCUGGCCCCAUCAGUGGUCCGGAUCUGCAUGUUUGAGUACUUGGAACUCGCCCACACAUGUUGCCGUAUGACCGAUAGACUCUUUCAUCAGACAGAGGCCGAGCGAGCAGAAAGGCUAGACGAAAUUCUUGACGAACAAAAAUUCUUGAUCGAACAGGUUGACGACCAGACUGCUUUCUUCUUGUCAAAAUACCAUCAGAUGGACCUCGGAUUACCCGAAUUUUUACUGGAAUACAUGUCCGUCGAGAUCACGAAGGACCCUAAGGCAGACGACGAGGAGAAGAUGCGGGAAUAUGAGCAGGAAGCGAGGCAAAUCAGGCGUCUUGGUGUUGUGUUAGAUGAGUCAUGUACCUAG